AUGCCUGGCAUCCUUUUCACCGCGCUCCUUCUUCUACUUGCGGUGCCCUCUGCUUCGGGGGCCGGCGCAGGCGGCACUGCGGGGUUUGUUGCCGAUGGGCACCCGCCGGAUCACGUUCCCGGCGCCGGUGCGGAGGACCCAACGGGGCCAGGGCGGCUGGAGGAACUGCCCUCUCGCCCCCGCACGGACGCGGCGUGCGCACGGAGGUAUGGCGCAGGAGCAGUCUUUGCCAGCGAGCGCCAGCGCUGCGCCUGGCGGCUGCCGUCUGGUGUGGCGCUUCCGGCGCUGCGAGCAACUCCGAAUAGUGCCGUUGACGCAGAUCGGUGCGCGCUCCUGCGGUCGCUUCACGUGAUGCUGUCCACGUUGCGACCAGAAGGGGCGCCGGUCAUGCCCGUGGCCUCCGCUGGCGUGCGCGGGACGCCAGUUCUUUGCGGUGGCGUUGAUUUACGUGCGUGGGCUGUGGGCCAUGCGGGUGGCCCAACUUCUUCCUUUGCGGCCGCGGCCGCGAGUGCGAUGCCCCCCUCUCACGAGGCAACGCGCGGCCAAAGCAGAGGCCAGCCAACUCCUGUGUGGGCCGUUCUCUUAUUAGUUUUGCUCGGCACCCUGGGCGCCGCCUGUGUGGCCGGAAUUGCCGUCCUCGCACGUGGGCUUCGCCUUCAGCGUGCACCACGCCUCUCACGGAGGGCCGCCUCCCAAGUCCCAACGGCGGCCCGCGAGCAACGGGCCCAUUCCUCUGCGGGGGACCUCCAACGCGUCGUCUGUGCGACCGCAAACGCCUGA